GGUAUAUAAGCAGCUUGCUGGCUAGCAUCAAGUCGGGUGACCCCUAUUUUGGCACUGGUGAGCAGGACCUGAUCCCGAGGACUGUUACCGAUUCUGUUGUGGCGUGUUAAGUAAAGAAACGCAAUCAUGCCUUUCGGAAACACACACAACAACUUCAAGUUGAACUUCAAGUCGGAGGAGGAAUUCCCCGACCUGACCAAGCACAACAACCAUAUGGCCAAGGUGCUCACCAAGGAGAUGUACGCCAAGCUCAGGGACAAGCAGACCCCCACUGGCUUCACCCUGGACGACAUCAUCCAGACUGGUGUUGACAACCCUGGUCACCCCUUCAUCAUGACCGUCGGCUGCGUUGCUGGUGAUGAGGAGUCCUACGAGGUCUUCAAGGAUCUCCUGGACCCAAUCAUCUCCGACCGUCAUAGUGGAUACAAGCCCACCGACAAGCACAAGACCGACCUCAACUGGGAGAACCUGAAGGGAGGUGAUGACCUGGACCCCAACUACGUUUUCUCCAGCCGCGUGCGUACUGGCCGCAGCAUCAAGGGAUACGCCCUGCCCCCCCACAACAGCCGCGCUGAGCGCAGAGCCGUCGAGAGGCUGUCCGUGGAGGCCCUGAACAGCUUGGACGGUGAGUUCAAGGGCAAGUACUACCCCCUGAAGGCCAUGACCGAUGCCGAGCAGGAGCAGCUCAUCGCUGACCACUUCCUGUUUGACAAGCCCGUCUCCCCCCUGCUGACCUGCGCUGGUAUGGCCCGUGACUGGCCCGACGCCCGCGGCAUCUGGCACAACGACAACAAGUCCUUCCUGGUCUGGGUGAAUGAGGAGGACCAUCUCCGCGUCAUCUCCAUGCAGAAGGGCGGCAACAUGAAGGAGGUCUUCAAGAGGUUCUGCACCGGUCUGGGCAAGAUUGAGGAGAUCUUCAAGAAGCACAACCACACCUACAUGUGGAACGAGCAUCUGGGCUACGUCCUGACCUGCCCCUCCAACCUGGGCACCGGCCUGCGCGGUGGAGUGCACGUCAAGCUCGAGAAGCUCAGCAAGCACGCCAAGUUCGACGAGAUCCUCAAGAGGCUGCGUCUGCAGAAGCGUGGCACAGGUGGUGUGGACACUGCCUCCGUGGGUGGCGUGUUCGACAUCUCCAACGCUGACCGUCUGGGCUCCUCUGAGGUGGAACAGGUGCAGUGCGUGGUGGAUGGCGUCAAGCUCAUGGUUGAGAUGGAGAAGAAGCUGGAGAAGGGCGAGGCUAUCGAUAGCAUGAUCCCUGCCCAGAAGUAAACUGGGACACAACCUGGAAUCUGCUUCUAGCCCUCUUUUUAUUUGUUUAGCUUGUUUUCUACAAAUCAAUCUAUCGUGCAAAUAAUCCAUCAAUGCCAGAAACGCAGAGGAAACCGCGCCUCCGAACAAAAGACACUCUUGACUCUGCUCUGACGCUGACAUGACAGCCCCUUUUUUUUUCCACUUUUUUGUUUCUUUUCCUUUCUUUUUCCUCAACGCCAUCAUCACCACCACUCUCUUUUUCUCCACUUCCUCCACAUUUUUUUUUUUGUUCACUGUUAAGUUUGGUAACAUCCUGGGAUCAGAUAAGUCACAGAUACAGGGCGUAGUCUCUUGAUGUGGCUGCUUCACCUUCAAUUUGACAUGUACUGUGACCUUUGGUUGUAAAGUAUUCAAUCAAAUUGUGAAACAAUAAAUUGAAACCCCAUGAAAAAAAACAA